CCGCGAUCACAUGAGAGCGCGCAGUGGUUGCGUGCGUGGAUCUUUAUAAAUGCCCUGGUACAUGUGGAGAGUCUGAACUCAGUGAAUGGACUUCUGUUAGUCUUCACAGAAAAUCUCAUUUCAUCUUUGUGUACUUGUUUGUGUCUCUAUACCUCUACAGACAGAAAAACUUCAGGAUUUUACGCGAAAUUUUUGUCUGUCAAAUGAAGGAUAUGGGCAGAUAUGGAAAUAUUGCGUUUUGCGCGUUGGUACUGUACUACUGUUCUAUCAUAACAGCUCAGGUCCCUUCAUCACCUACAGCUCGCACCUCCGUAAGCAGAGGAGAUGAAGAAUCUUAUGUCAACAGGACCUCGACCUUCAUCACAGAUCAGACUGAGUCCAUCACUAACCACAUCAACCUUAACAGCACAAAGACCCUUAACAGCACAGAGACCCUUAACAGCACAGAGACCCUUAACAGCACAAAGACCCUUAACAGCACAAAGACCCUUAACAGCACAGAGACCCUUAACAGCACAGAGACCCUUAACAGCACAGAGACCCUUAACAGCACAAAGACCCUUAACAGCACAAAGACGCUUAACAGCACAGAGACCAUGAACAGCACAGAGACCAUUAACAGCACAGAGACCAUUAACAGCACAGAGACCAUUAACAGCACAGAGACCAUUAACAGCACAGAGACCAUGAACAGCACAGAGACCAUUAACAGCACAGAGACCAUUAACAGCACAGAGACCCUUAACAGCACAGAGACCCUUAACAGCACAAAGACCCUUAACAGCACAGAGACCCUUAACAGCACAGAGACCCUUAACAGCACAAAGACCUUUAACAGCACAGAGACCCUUAACAGCACAGAGACCCUUAACAGCACAAAGACCUUUAACAGCACAGAGACCCUUAACAGCACAAAGACCCUUAACAGCACAGAGACCCUUAACAGCACAGAGACCCUUAACAGCACAGAGACCCUUAACAGCACAAAGACCUUUAACAGCACAGAGACCCUUAACAGCACAAAGACCCUUAACAGCACAAAGACCCUUAACAGCACAAAGACCCUUAACAGCACAGAGACCCUUAACAGCACAGAGACCCUUAACAGCACAGAGACCCUUAACAGCACAAAGACCCUUAACAGCACAAAGACCCUUAACAGCACAAAGACCCUUAACAGCACAAAGACCCUUAACAGCACAGAGACCCUUAACAGCACAGAGACCCUUAACAGCACAAAGACCUUUAACAGCGCAGAGACCCUUAACAGCACAGAGACCCUUAACAGCACAGAGUUCAGAUCUGACAGAAAUACAACAACAGGUCAGGUGCCUGAACAUCACCUGAACAUCAGUCUCUCUAAAAACAUCACAGAUAGUCAAAACAGGUCUGAUGCUUUACCUGUGAAUACAACACAUACUACAGUCACUGUGCAGGCCAAAACUCAUGUGGAUGGCGAAUUUGUGCUGAGUGAUAAAAACGGUGUCUCUUCUGGUCCGCUACUGGCUGGAUUGGUAUCUGCAUUUGUCGUCGUCGCUGCUAUUGUGUCCGUCCUCGUAUUCCUAAAAUUCAGAAACAGGAAUGCUGGACCUAGGUUCACCAGACUUCAGGAUUUGCCCAUGGAUGAUAUGUUGGAGGACGCCCCUCUGACCAUGUACAGCUACUGAACAAACAUUCGUUCUCCGGUUCGUCUUCUGAACAACCAGCGCUCUCUGUUUAACACAAGACAGAAAGAGUUUAAUGUGUCAUGUGCUUGAUAAGGGCACAUAAACUCAUAUUGUUACAGGACUAAAUGAAACAUAAUACUUCAUCGCUGGCUGGCUGACUGUUGGGUUGUAUUUGUGCACUUUAUGUGGGGUUCGGGAAUGGGUGUGUCCAGGUAUCUGUUUCUUCUUGGAAAGGGUUGGGGUGCAGGGUUUUUUAAGAAAUUUCACAGAUGUUUAUAUUCAGAUCUAGACAUGUUAGGUGUACUUCAGUUGUGUGUGUGUGUGUGUGUGUGUGUGUGUGUGUGUUAUAGUCUUUAAGUAUCAUUGCCAGCUCUGGAAAAGACUCAUCUUCAUUCCUGAUCCAGAUUUUUUAUGUUAGUUAAAGGUGAACCUACAGUUUAUGUUUGUUUUAUGCUUUGGAUUACCACAGAAAGUCCUUACAACGUAUUCAUUAGGUUUUUUUCAUAAAUAUAAAUCAGUAGUAUUUAAGACUUUGCACAGAACUUUAAAUGCAUAUUGUUAAGUAUACACUUAAACAACUCUAGUGUGAAUUGACAGAAAACAGUGUAUAGUAACUGUGAAUUGCUUCUUGCUAAAACAGAUUAAAGGUUCACUGGAUAAAGGGAAUGUCGUAGGCGCUGUGUUUUUAGAUCUAAAGAAGGCCUUCGACACAGUGGACCACUGUAUUUUAUUACAGAAAUUACAGCAUUUCCAACUUUCACCUGCAGCUCUCUCAUGGUUUAAGUCAUACCUUGAGGGUAGAGAACAAUGUGUGAAAGUAGGAACCGUUAAAUCCAACCCGAGUCUAAAUGACUUAGGAGUGCCUCAAGGGUCAGUUUUAGGACCACUGUUGUUUUCAAUGUAUAUAAAUGAUCUUAUAGAUUGCUGUCAGGGUGUAAACUGCCAGCUUUAUGCUGACGACACAGUUAUACAUGUGUCAGCAAAAACAACUGCACUGGCUGGGCAGCAGUUAACACAGGUGCUACAUAACAUCUCAAGAUGGCUUCAGCUGUCUCAUUUAACUCUAAACGUACAGAAAACUUUUUCAAUGUGUUUUUCGAUCAACCGGAGGUCCCCUGACAGCAUCUUUGAGGUUCAUUUAGACCAUGAACCCAUUCAAGAGGUUCAUGAAACUAAAUAUUUGUGAAUUAUUUUGGACAAACACUUGAAGUUUUUAAAGUCAAGUAAACCAUGUUUGCAAGAAAGUGAAAUCAAACUUGAAUUGUUUUCGUUUUAUUAGAGGGCAUUUGUCACAUCACGCGGCUUUAUUGUUUAUGCAUGCUAUGGUUUUUUCCACUCUGAAACCAGUCACCUCUCUUUACAAACAGGCAAUUAAGAUAUUUGAUAAAAAACCUAUGAGAUGUCAUCAGUGUGAUGUCAUACAAAAGCACUUUUUACUUUUUAAAAUUUUAUAAAGUUUAGUGUUUUGAAAUUGACUUUUAAAUGUUUGAACAAUUGUGUCACCACUGUUUUCGGGACUCAUGGAGAGGCGUCAGGGUUCUCUUCCACCAGAGCCUCAGCUAGUGGGGAUUGUGUGCUCCCGAAGCUAAGAACAUCUUUUGGACAAUCUAGCAUCUCCUUCAGAGGGGCUAUACUAUGAAACUCUCUCCCCACUGGAUUUAAACUGCAGAACAAUAUUAACAUCUUUAUCAGAGAGCUCAAACAGUGGCUUAAAUCGGGCCAAAGUUGUUCUCAUGUGUAAUUGUGCUUGUUUAGUAUACUGUGUUUUUUUUGUAAAAGCCUCCUAUGGACAGGUGUUGAAAAUUAGCACAUGUGCUAUAACACUUUAAACAAUGCAUCUGGUUCGUCCAAUGUUAUUGCUAUGUCCAUAUUAAAUUAACUAAAAUUGA